GACAACAUUUUUUAUCGACUGGAUUCGUAGAAAUUCAAAAGACAAUAACGCGACACUAGAAUGACAGUGCGGGAAUACUCAACUACACUGUUACACUCUGCCUCUUCAAAUGGCUACUCCAACAUAAUAUUAAGCAUUCCUUUUUUCAACUUUACUCAGCAGUCAUAGUUCUAUAGGUGUAGGUAGAUAUCACAUAUCCUAGACCCGGUAUGCCUCUGCAUCUUCUGGGCAAGAAAUCGUGGAAUGUCUACAACCCCAAGAAUAUCGAGCGCGUGAGGCGCGACGAAGCAGCUGCCAAAGCCCGCGACGAGGCCGAAGAGCAACGCCAGCAAGAAGCCGAUGCCGAACGUCGUCUAGCCAUCCUACGAGGGGAGACCCCCCCGCCUUUACCCCCUCCCCCUCAGUCGAGUGUUGAAGAUGAGUCCCGUAGCCAGAAACAUAGUCGUGAUGAGGAUCCGGGAGCAUCAAGCCGGGGCAGGGAGCGUAGGAAGAGAAAGCGCAUAGGCGAAGACGAUACAGAUUUCGAAUUGCGCCUUGCCCGCGAGCAGGCGAGUGCCACACAGACAACGAGCGACGCGCUUGUAAAGAGCAGCAGUAAUGCCCCACUCGUGGAUCACACCGGUCACAUAGACUUAUUUCCCGAAGAGCGAUCGCGUGUUCCUUUACAGAAAAACGAAGAGGCCGAACGAGAGGCUGCCAAGAAGAAACGGGAAUAUGAAGACCAGUACACUAUGCGCUUCUCUAACGCUGCUGGCAAGGAGGGGUUAAUUGGCCCUUGGUAUGCGAAAGGUGGCGAUAUCAAGGAUAUUGUAGAUGGUAACCUGGAUGCACCGAGUAAAGACGUAUGGGGUAAUGAGGACCCGCGGCGGAAGGAGAGAGAGGCUUCACGCGUUGUAGCUAAUGAUCCCCUUGCAAUAAUGAAGAGAGGUGCCGCGAGGAUUAGGGAGGUUGAGAAAGAAAGACGAAAGCUGAACGAGGAGAGAGAGCGAGAGCUGAAGCAGCUUCGAAGAGAAGAGAAGAGACGGGAGAGGAGGAGGCUACGAGAAGGGAGAAAGGAUUACGAUGACCUUGAGGAAUUCACUCUAGAUGGUACAGCGUCCAGUAAGCCCCAGGCCCGCUCUAAGGAUGACAACGAUCAUUACCAACAACGACGAUAUCGUCACUCCCGGGAUGGGAGCGAUCGAUCUCGGCGCCACUCCGAACAUAGAGGACACAAAGAGCACCGAUAUGACGAUCACAAACAAAGUUCCCCAUCAGACCGCCAAGAGCGAGAGCAGGGACUAUCGAAACAUGACAGACGCCGAAAAGGGAGGGCAGAUAACUAGUAGCAUUGCAUUGGUAUAUUGGUCUAGGUGUUAGUUUUCCAAGUAUUAGAUACCCCCCCUACCUCGUAGAGGCAUCAAUGUCAUUUGCGUAUUCGUGAUAUGAUUAGAU